AUGCAAUUCGGACUCGUUAUUCUUGCUGCUUUGCCCACCACGUGGGCGGCCCACGCCUACGCAGUUCCUCAAAGCCUUUCAAUGUUAGAAAGCAGCGCCGAGGACAACGGCUGCACACUCCCCGAUACCUAUUAUAUCCGCAACUUCAAGGCAGAGUCCAAGGAUGGCGGCAAGACUCUCACUGGCUUCGACUUUACAUUCCUCGACAAGGACACAGACUUGACCACUCCCUGCCACAAGAACUCUUCCUCAGAGCCCAUCACCGGAAUGGGGACCGACCGAUUUGCGUGUGACGACAGCGCAGUCGAGUUUCUGUGGGAUAGCGACUACCAGAAGCUUUGGAUGAUGGAGAAGGUUUGCGGCCAAGCGGAUGGGAGUCUACCAUACGAGGCCAGCGGAAGUGUCAUGCUCCCUCUCAAGUGUGCCAGGACUGGCAGUUGCUCAACCAACUCAACAGACCACAAGGCGGGUUUCACUAGCCUUCAGCCUUCGAGGCAAGCACCUCCAUCAUAA